AUGACAAGUAAAUAUUUCUCCUCGUUGUCCACCUCUGUUUUUAUGGUAGCCGGAGCCCUCGGCGAUGCUCUGUGUUUCGUUAUAGCCCUCCCAGCACAUUGGGUCUAUGUUAAUUUCCCCUACGCCAUCGCUAGGACAAAAGACGCUCACUAUAUGUGCAAAUUUUUUAAUUUCUUUGGUUGGGGUAGCAGCGACUUCGGGAUUAUUUUAACGGCAGCAAUGACGGCCGACCGAGCAGUGGCUAUUCUUUUUCCGUUUCAAGCCAACCGGAUAUGCACGGCCCGUCGAGCCAAAAUCAUCGUCUGUCUGCUUUUGGGUAGCGUCAGCCUUAAAGAGGCCCAUUUUCUCUUCGUCUCCGACAUCGUGCCGAGGUUUCGCAAGGACCGCCUUUGCACAGUCGAAGAACCCAGCGAAGGUUAUUCUUUUUUCUGGAGGGACAUAUGGCCCUGGAUUCAUACCGUCUUCCUCUUAGCCUCCUUCUGUAUGAUCAUCGCCAGUAACGCAAUCAUUAUCUACUUCUAUCGUAAAUCGAAAAAGCUACCCGUCAACCGAGAGAUCCGCGGGGUGUCCGAGACGUCGCGCUCACGACAAAUCAGCAUUAUGCUUCUUGUGGAGUCAUUCGCUAUCAUUCUACUCACUUUCCCGUUCUGCCUGCACACGGCCUUCACGUCGCACAAGCAGUACGCCCUGGAGUCACCGAAAGAGAAAGCGGAAAACCUGCUCGUCUUCUCCGUUGUUUUUUAUCUUCUCUACACAAACAAAUGCGCCACCUUCUGCCUUUACUGUAUAACAGGCUCCAGAUUUCGAGAUGCCCUUUGCGAUAUCUUCUGCUGGGGAAAGUGUGUCCGCAGGGUCCAAAAAUUGCAAAAGGUAAAGUGUGUCUCACAUUCCAAUUACACUGUCAACCAUUUGGGUGGACAAGCAUCCAGCCAUUUCUAA